AGAAGAACACAGGCAGCAGCAGUGGCCAGGAAAGAAGAGAGAGAGAGAGAGAGAGAGAGAGAGAGAGAGAGAGAGAGAGAGAGAGAGAGAAUAAUAAUUGCGGGCGUCAGCUCAUCCUCUGCAAACUAAGGGAUCUGAACCCAUCACACUUUUUGAGAGAGGGGUCUGAGAGAUGCUUCUUCUCCAAUUGUCUCAGCCAGUGCAAGUGCAUCAGUUGCUUGAAGCAGUGAACAAGUAGGGGAGGAAGGUGCAGUGUGAGGGCAUGAGAUAGAGGGACAAGAGUGCUGAAGAAGAGGGAUUAGAGAGACCCUUAUCUGCUGCCUCUGCCUGCAAAGUCCAGAAGUGAGAGAGGGGGUACAACUCCCGCGCACUCUAUUACCCAGCCCCUGGCAUCUGGGUGUGUGGAUGACUCCUGUGUUUACUACAAGAUGUGUGGAGGAGCAUAGGUGAUGGGAUUUCUCCCAAAUCCUCAGUGCUGCUGAUUGCCUGCAUUGCUCUGUCUCCCAUCCCCUUCUCCUCUCACUGACAGGGAGCUACAGGCACCCUCAUCCUCCUCCUCUUCAUUCAGCCAGGAGGUGUUAUAUUAAAAGUUCACCAAGGAAAAUAAUUCCCACAGCAGGGGUCUAAUUGGUCUCCAUUCAUUGUUCCUCUAUGACAGUGACAGUUGCCACCGGGUAAUUUGUGACCAGGAGGAACAGACAUCUCAAGGAGUCGUCUUCUCCCUACAGCAUCAGGAUUGUGCCUAGGCAAGUUAUAUCUGCUACACCAAAACCUGAAGAUCUAUCCCCCACUAUACAGACAGCUGUGCAUUGAUAUCUAAUUGCAGAACCUCAUCUGGAGCUGUCCUCUUGGAUACAGUAUUAGGAGAAACCCAGAAGAAGGAUUGGCAUCACCUUGGGUACCUGGAUACUGAAGAGUUUGACAGCCUUAUGGAGAGGAUGAAGAAGACCAACUAUUUAUGUGGAGUUUUAUUACUUUUCAAGUUGUUGCUUGAUGGGUGUCAGGUCACAGCAGCAGGACUGGAGCAAGAUGUGUCAUAUUCAAUCAGCUCCAUUGUGUCUAGCCUGGGUGAAGAAGUUUCAAUGCACUUACAGACAUCUCGGCAUAGAUGGCGGAGGCAUUCUGUGGACACAAACCGACCAAGCUUUGGCCACGAUUUCUCCGAUGGUACACGCCUGUCAGAUUUAUUUCUGGACAAUGGGAAUGACAAUGGCACCGACAUUGAGGAGGAUAUGGAUCAUAAGUAUUAUAUUUCUAGAAUAUUUGGUCCAUUGGAUUCUGCCAGUCGGGAUUUAUGGGUCAACAUUGAUCAAAUGGAAAAAGAAAAAGUAAAGAUUCAUGGGAUCCUGUCAAAUACACACCGGCAAGCCGCAAGAGUGAACCUAUCCUUUGAUUUUCCGUUUUACGGCCAUUUUCUGCGUGAAAUUACAGUGGCAACUGGAGGUUUUAUAUAUACAGGAGAAGUCGUGCAUCGGAUGCUCACAGCAACACAAUAUAUUGCUCCCUUGAUGGCCAAUUUCGAUCCAAGCGUCUCCAGAAAUUCUACCGUCAGAUACUUUGACAAUGGCACUGCACUUGUGGUUCAAUGGGAUCAUGUUCAUCUGCAAGAUAAUUACAGUCUUGGGAGUUUUACUUUUCAAGCUACCUUAAUCAAUGAUGGCCGGAUAGUGUUUGGAUACAAGGAAAUCCCAGUACCAGUAAUGGAGAUAAGCUCUACAAACCAUCCUGUGAAAGUCGGCCUCUCAGAUGCUUUUGUGGUGGUGCACAAGAUUCAGCAGAUUCCCAAUGUUCGUAGGAGAACGAUUUUCGAGUAUCACCGAGUGGAACUGGAAAUGUCCAAGAUUACUAACUUCUCUGCAGUCGAGAUGUGGCCUCUACCAACUUGUCUGCAGUUUAACAGCUGCGGUUCCUGUGUCAGAUCCCAGAUUGGUUUCAACUGCAGCUGGUGCAAUAAUCUCCAAAGAUGUUCCAGUGGAUUUGACCGACACCGGCAAGACUGGGUAGAAAACGGCUGUCCUGAAGAGUCCAAAGAAAAAGUAUGUGAAGACUUUCUACCGACAACUGAGGUUCCGAGCCACACCACCACCACAGCAACCUCCAGACAUUUCACUACAAGCACUAGACUAACAACAUCACAGUUACCAAGCAGCCUGCCUACAGAGGAUGACACAAAGAUUGCGCUACAUCUCAAAGACAAUGGGGCCUCGACAGAUGACAGCGCAGCAGAGAAGCAGCGUGGGACACUGCACACAGGAUUAAUUAUAGGAAUACUCGUGCUGGUUCUGGUGGUUGUCGCUGCCAUCCUUGUUACAAUUUACAUGUACCAUCACCCGACAUCAUCUGCUAGUCUCUUUUUCAUUGAGCGACGCCCAAGCAGGUGGCCGGCAAUGAAGUUCAGGAGGGGAUCAGGGCAUCCAGCCUAUGCGGAAGUGGAACCUGUUGGGGAAAAAGAAGGCUUCAUUGUCUCGGACCAGUGCUGAGGUUUUUGGAACAAUGCACCGGUUUCUGGUGGCAGACAUUUAUUUUUGCAUAUAUUUUCCAGGAAAAACCAAACAAUGCUGUGAGCUACCUCUACAGAGACACAAAGAGGGUUAAUCACGAUUUCUGAUCCAGGAGAAAGAUUUCUCUACUCUGAAAUUCCAAUGCCACUCACGGUAGUCUUCCUAUUGUGGAAUUAUAUAGUAUGUCUCAGGCAAUAUAGCUGGACAACAGUAGUAGUAUGGACUGGAACUUUUCUACUGGCUUGCGAAGAGUGUCAAAUCAAGGACAAACAUUUGUACUUAUAAGAGAUCUCCAUUUUCCUUAAUCAAGCUGAGGAAUAGGAAUUAUGCAUUUGUGAAUCUCAUAUGGACAAUAACAUGUGGUAUAGCAAAUGUAACUGUCCAGGCAAGAGCAACAUGUCAGUAUUAAGGCAAACGUUGUACUUAAGUGUCUGGAAAAGUGAUUUUUCAACCAUUUCUACAGAGAGUGUACACCGGCAUUAAUGACCCAGAUACAUAACCAUGAUACAAAGUGGUUUCUUGCUGUCUGCUAAAUAUUGUGCUUUACAUAAAUAUUCCAAAAUGUGGAUAAAGUGA